CCCCUCAGCGGCCGGUCCGAGGGCUGGGUGUCCCCCCCCCACUUCAUGCAAUCCCGGUUCCUGGUCCCGCGUAACGCGAUCCUGGGUUCCCGGCCCGCAGCCGCCUGCCAGUGGCUUGGCGCCGCCGAGGGCCGGGAGCGCGCGAGCUCGUACCCGCGGCUGCGAGGAGGGUUUCCCCAGACCGAGGCGCGGAAACGGGGUGCUCCGGCCUCCCGCCCGCUGCCCGCCUGUUCUUCGCGGUCGCAAACGCCGUGCGCCCUGCGCGAUGGGUGCCAACGAGGACCAGGAGAUGGAACUAGAAGCUUUACGUUCUAUUUAUGAAGGAGAUGAAAGCUUCCGGGAAUUAAGUCCAGUGUCAUUUCAAUAUAGGAUAGGUGAAGAUGGUGAUCCCAAAGCCUUCCUAAUAGAGAUUUCCUGGACAGAGACGUACCCCCAGACGCCGCCGGUCAUAUCCAUGAACGCAUUUUUUAACAACACCAUCUCCUCAGCUGUAAAGCAGAGUAUCUUAGCCAAACUACAGGAAGCUGUAGAGGUGAAUCUCGGCACCGCCAUGACCUACACAUUGUUCGAGUAUGCCAAGGACAAUAAGGAGCAGUUCAUGGAGAACCACCAUCCCGGGAAUUCUGCGCCAACACCCAUAGCCAAUAUCAUCGCGGUUGAAACUCCUAGCACAGCCCCAUCAAGUAAGAAAAAAGACAAGAAAGAGCAACUUUCCAAAGCUCAGAAACGCAAGCUGGCAGAUAAAACAGAUCACAAAGGGGAGCUUCCUCGAGGCUGGAACUGGGUUGAUGUCGUGAAGGUAUAGCAUAUUUACAUUCAAGUCUUCAAAGUUGUUACAUUAUUGCCACCCAAUAAUGACAUGUAUAU